AUGUCUGCCCAGGUUAAUCCACAUGGCUCUAUGCUGCGGCGAUCUCGUCCCAGCCAAGUUCAUACUUCUCUUCAAGCCAGCAGCAUUCCUACUUCGAUGCCCACUUCAGCCAUAAGUGCCUCUUCGGUGGCAUCUAGUUCUCAGCAUGACUCUCCCAUGAUGUCUCCAGAGAACAUGGUAUUAACCACCAGCAGUUCAAUACAACCAUCACCUGAGCCCUUCGUCCGUGGGCGUGAUGUCGAACAGUUCCCUCCUACGCCUCUUACACUCGGCGAUCCGCUGCUCAAUCGCAAGUCCAGCAGCAAUUCCAUGAACUACAGUAUAGCUCCUAGCACAGCCCCCAGUACCGGCUCGCUAGCCGAAGCCCUGCAAAGCCAAGGAAAGUCAAGUGGAGGUUUGAUUCGCAGAUUGUCGAGCAAGACGAUGAAGGUUGUCAGUCGUACGCGGCGGCAGUCGUCUGUCGCACCAAACAGCCGGAACGGCAGCAUGGGCCCUCAUAUCAUGCGGCGUAGAAGUGACAGCACGAACACUGCACCUCCCCCAGAUAACGCCAUCACCGACUCGGACGAAGAUUACUACGAUGAAAGGGAUGAUUUUAUCAAUCCGCUGGGCCCUAUAGACGGCCAAGUACGCGAAAAUUCCUCCACUAGCAACCCGGCUUCCAUUUCUGGCUCUACCUCUCCAGUUGAUCCUGUCGCGGGGCCGGUCAUCCCUCUCGCCCUUGUGAAAGGCACCUGGGUUCGUAAAAUUUCUAAAAAGAGAAAAUUCAAGAGAAUUUUCCUGGUUCUGGAUCACGAAGCAGCGAAAGUCACAUGGAACAGAAGCAAGCCUUCAAAAUGCAUCUAUGUUGAUGAUAUCAGAGAAAUCCGGAUAGGCUCUGACACAAAACAAUACCGCAUUGACUACGACGUUCCAGAUACUGAAGAAGGUCGCUUCUUUUCCGUGUUACAUGCGGUAGCCGACAAAUCCAAGAGCAAGAUCAUGCACCUGGUCGCUGAAGACGAGGAAACCUUCGGUAACUGGGUGACCGCCCUGGACGCCCUCUCAAAACAUCGCCAAGAUCUGAUGACCUCUUUGAUGUCGUUCAACGACAAGGCGAUUCGCGCUUACUGGAGCUCGGAGAUGUUUAAACAAUUCGAUGGAAAGCCCCACUCGCCUGACGAGGAGGAGAUUGAUUUUGGGGGAGUCGAGCGAGUGUGCUACAAUCUUCAUAUCCAUGUCAAACAGAGAGACCUUCGGGAGAACUUCGAUUUGGCUGAUGCCACAAGGACUGGUCGACUAAAUUUCUCCGAGUUUCAAGAAUUUGUUCGCAAGAUGAAGCAGAGAAUCGACAUUCGCGCCUUGUACCGCGGCAUUGCAAGCGACGCCGCGAAUGGCAUUACCUGGCCUGAGUUCGCCGCUUUCCUGCGCGACACUCAAGGCGAGGAUGUCGAUUCAGAUCCUCGAGCUUGGGAGGCCAAGUUCUAUCGCUUUGCUCGCAAGUUCAAAGCUACCGACUUUGGCGAAAAUGAAGUUCCGAGAAUGACUGAACAAACUCUCGCAGCUUAUCUAACGUCGACAUUCAACCUUCCACUCACAUCCGAGCCAGCUGAUUACAAGCUUAACCGUCCCAUGCAUGAGUAUUUCAUUUCAAGCUCACACAACACUUAUCUUGUCGGGCGUCAAGUAGCCGAUCUUUCGAGCGUCGAAGGCUAUAUUAAUGCACUGGUGAAGGGGUGUAGAAGCAUCGAAAUUGACUGUUGGGAUGGACCCGACGGUCAACCUUCCGUCCAACAUGGAUAUGCAAUGACUAAUGCGAUUUCCUUCCGCGAAGUCAUCAAUGUUGUUCACAAAUAUGCUUUUGCCAGAAGUAAAUUUCCAUUGUGGAUAUCUCUCGAGGUCCAUUGCAAUGCAACUCAACAAGUUCUCAUGUCCAGUAUCAUGAAGGAAAUCUUCGGUGAGCGCCUGAUUUUGACCGCCUUGGAUCCAUCUUCCGACAAACUGCCGUCGCCGUCUGAAUUGAGGGAGCGGAUCCUUGUAAAGGUUAAGGCUGCUGCUGCCGAGGAACAGCGCACUGGUCGCGUGCCGAGUGCCAAUGGCCGCCGGCGUGGCAACAGCUUGACAUCGCCAUACGCGAAACCAAUGGUCGCUGACAGCGCGCCUGUUCCGCCAUAUUCUCUCACCCAAAGUCCCAUGCUGAGUCCUAGAGAUCCUUCUCGUAAGAGAGUCGCAAAAAGAUACAACACGAUCACAGAGGGUGAGGUGCAGGACACCGUGAGCAGCAGCACGAGCGAUUGCGACAGUGGCAACGAGAAGACUUCGAGCAAGAAGAAGACAAGCAGAAUUGUUCCUGCUCUAGGAGAUCUUGGUGUUUAUUGUACCGGUGUCAGUUUUAACGGAUUCGACUCAGUUGACUGUAAGAUGCCUUAUCACAUCUUGUCCUUUAUGGAAGGGACAUUCAAGUCGAACACAAAGACCAAGGAACUCAAGGAUCAGUUGUAUCGCCACAACAUGCGAUACAUGAUGCGUGUCUAUCCCCAGUUCUCCCGGUUGAGCUCAAACAACUUUAAUCCUUUGAUGUAUUGGAGGAAGGGUGUUCAAAUGGCAGCGCUCAACUGGCAAACCUUCGAUCACGGAAUGCAACUCAACCAAGCCAUGUUCGAUGCUGGAACAGACCAAUCAGGCUACGUCCUCAAGCCGCAUUCCAUGCGCGAGAUUCGAAGGAUGCCCAAUGGUAUUCCAGCAGAGGCAGUAGGUAAACUGGUGCGCAAGAACGUCACCUUUAGUAUCGACGUCAUCUCUGCGCAGCAGCUCAUGCGCCCGGGAAAUCUGCCGGCCAACAAGAGCCUCGACCCAUUUGUCGAGGUCGAAGUCUUCCACGCCAAUGAUAAGAGGGACAAGCACGACAGUACAGUUGGAAUACCCACGCCUACUGAUAGCCCCUUGAAGUACAACACAGGUGUUGUCAGGGAGAACGGCUUCAACCCGGUUUUUGACGAGAAGAUGAAAUUCAGCAUUACGACGAAGUAUCCUGAGCUCAUUUUUAUCAAGUGGAGCGUCAAGUUCUCCACCACUGGUGAGCCCAAUGAUCGGGCUGCGACAAUGGCCACGUUUACCGCCAAACUCAGCAGCUUAAAGCAAGGUUACCGCACACUACCUCUGCUAGACGCCAACGGCGAUCGAUAUUUGUUUUCGACUCUAUUCUGCCGUAUCGAGGUUGGCACUGCCACAGAUGUUUAUGUCAACCCCGGAGAUAGUGUGGAAUCUGUCGGGCGAAUCAAGUCUCUCGGCAACAAAGUCUUCAACAGGUCGAAUCCCAGCUCUAAACUCACUUCAGAGAAGUCGGUCGAAAAGUCCAGCCUUGACAGCGGGUACUCGGAGACUUCGCAACAGUCAUUCGCUAAAUCUUGA